AUGGCCGCCGUCCUGCGGCUGGGGGGCGGGGGCGGGGGGCUGCGGCGGCUGUCCGUCCCGGGCCGGGGCCUCGGGCCCGCCGUCGGCCCCUGGCCGGGGCCCCCUUGGCUGGGGCCCCCGCGGCCGGGUCCCCCUUGGGCGGGGCCCCCGCUGUCCCGGCUGCGGGGCGGGCCGGGCCGGUACUUGGAGCAGCUGGAGCUGGCCGCCCGGGACCCGGCGGCCUUCUGGGGACCGCUGGCCCGGGGGACGCUGCGCUGGGACCGCCCCUUCCACACCGUCUGGGACGGCGACUUCGGCCGCGGCCGGGUGGGCUGGUUCCUGGGCGGCCGGCUCAACGUGUCCGUGAACUGCUUAGAUCGGCACGUCCGAAGGUCCCCGGACAGAGUGGCUUUGAUCUGGGAGAGAGAUGAACCUGGAACCGAAGUGCGAGUCACGUACAGGGAGCUUCUGGACAUCACUUGCCGCCUCGCCAAUAUUCUGAAAAACCGUGGGGUGGGCCGUGGGGACAGAGUGGCCUUGUACAUGCCUGUGUCCCCUCUGGCGGUAGCGGCCAUGCUGGCUUGUGCCCGAGUUGGGGCCGUGCACACGGUGAUCUUUGCUGGAUUCAGCGCAGAGUCUUUGGCUGGACGAAUCAAUGAUGCAAAGUGCAAAGUGGUCAUCACUGCCAACCAGGGUCUGAGAGGAGGCCGAGUCAUUGAGCUGAAGAAGAUAGUGGAUGAAGCUGUAAAAAAUUGCCCUUCAGUCACGUGUGUCCUGGUGGUUCAGAGAACAGACAACAAAGUGCCCAUGGGGAAUCUGGACGUCCUCCUGGAAGAUGAGAUGACCCAAGCAAGUGCGGUGUGUCCUCCCGAGUCCAUGGACAGCGAAGACAUGCUGUUUCUGCUUUACACUUCAGGGAGCACAGGCUCACCAAAGGGGCUGGUUCACACUCAGGCUGGAUACUUGCUUUAUGCUGCUCUGACCCACAAGCAUGUGUUUGACUACCGGGAAGGGGAUGUGUUUGGCUGUGUGGCAGAUAUCGGUUGGAUCACGGGACACACUUACGUGGUAUAUGGGCCACUCUGCAAUGGAGCCACCACAGUCCUGUUUGAAAGCACUCCAAUAUACCCCAAUGCAGGUCGAUACUGGGAAACUGUGCAGAGAUUAAAGAUUAACCAGUUUUACGGUGCGCCCACUGCUGUGCGACUGCUACUGAAAUACGGAGAUGCUUGGGUGAAGAAGUAUGAUCUGUCUUCUUUAAGGACUUUGGGAUCAGUGGGAGAGCCAAUUAACCAGGAGGCUUGGGACUGGCUGUACAACGUGGUGGGAGGUGGCCGGUGCACACUGGUGGACACCUGGUGGCAAACAGAAACAGGGGGAAUUUGCAUCGCACCGCGACCUUCAGAGGAGGGUGCCGAGAUCCGUCCUGCCAUGGCCAUGAGGCCCUUCUUCGGGAUCUCCCCGACCUUGGUAGAUGAGAAGGGAAAAGUCAUGGAAGGUGGGAACAUCUCUGGUGCCCUGUGCCUCUCCCAGGCCUGGCCUGGCAUGGCGAGAACCAUCUAUGGAGACCAUCAGAGAUUCAUCGAAGCAUACUUCAGUGCUUACCCAGGCUAUUACUUCACUGGGGAUGGUGCCUUCAGGACCUCUGAGGGCUAUUACCAGAUCACCGGAAGGAUGGACGACGUCAUCAACAUCAGCGGCCAUCGCUUAGGGACGGCAGAAGUUGAAGAUGCCAUGGCUAACCACCCUUCUGUGCCAGAAUCAGCAGUGAUUGGUUAUCCGCAUGACAUCAAGGGAGAAGCUGCAUUUGCAUUCAUAGUGCUCAAAGAAGAAACAGUCCAACCUGAUGUCAUCAUCAAUGAGCUCAAAUCAAUAGUGGCCAUGAAAAUAGCUAAAUACGCUGUGCCCGAUCAGAUCUUGGUGGUGAAGCGUCUUCCAAAAACCAGAUCUGGGAAAGUCAUGAGGCGCCUCCUGAGGAAAAUCAUUGUUGGCGAUACUCAGGACCUGGGAGAUACCACGACCUUGGAGGACCCCACUGUUAUUGAUGAAAUAUUAAGUGCCUAUGAGAAACACAAAGCCAAGUCCCCAGCCUCUUAACAGGAACAGAAGCCUGCAAUCUAAAACCUGAGAAAGAUGGGUUUGCCCAAAACCAAGUAAACAAACCUUGGGUCUAGCCUCAGAAUUUGGCCUGUAUACAGAAGUCCAGAAUGAAUCUUUUCCAACCUAUCCUUUACCACACAACUUUUUCCUGGGGUUUCAUUCUUGGAGAGAGACCCACAGCACUGAACAACAAAAGGGAAUGUUAGAAGAGGUUCUGAACUCACUUGCCUUAAAGAAAACUGCAUCCAUUAGCUUCUCAAGAGAAAAGCACAUGGUCAUUCCAAAAUAUCAGUGACCCUCCUCCAAGACUAAUAGAAGGGAAAAUUUGAUAUUAGAGGCCUUAUGGUUUUUUUAUACUAGAACAAUGGUUUUUCUGGUUGACCCUAGAUACAAAAGGUAUAGGGACUUUAUUUUUAUAUUUUACCACUUUGGAAGAAUAACAAAAAAACCCAGAAUUUAAAAAUUGAUAUCUUAAAACCUUGUUUUAUAGAAGCACAUACAUACUUUAUGGUAGUUAUCUGGGAUUAUAAAAUACAAUUGAGUUUCAGCAGUUGAGAAAUAAGAAGAGGAAAUAGGCUUUUAUUCCUAGUAACUAGUCUAAAGAAUGUCAGGAAAUUCAUUAUUGACAGAUCUGACUGUUACAGAGUAUUACUUCUGUCUGAAAUCUUACCACUUUUUAUCUUUGUUAUUCCCAGCUAAUUUUGUGUUCCCAAGCUCCCCAGGGUUUGGUGCUAAGUAGGAGCCCAGUAGGGACACCUACAAUUUCUCCCAGCCUAUUUCUGGGUUGAUGUUUCCCUCCCAUGCUCCUUGGCCCCAGUCCUGUGUUUGCUUCUUUCAUCUACAUGCCAGAUGCCAGUGGCUUUCUCUCAUUGUGAGAGACCAAACAGGGAUCUCUUGGGGGGUCAUAAUCAGAGCAGACAGGGGAUCUUGUAAUCAGGGUCCUGCAGAGAUUGGGAACACCAACCCCCCAUCUUUAGGGUCACUUUGACCCUAGCCCUGCCCAAUGUAGGCCAUAGCAACCUGAGUUUUUUUCUUUCAACAGCUGAUCAACUCAUUCAUUCACUCAUUCAAUCGUAUUUAUUAAGUGCUUACUGUGUGCAGAGCACUGCACUAAGCACUUGGGAAAGCACAAUACAACAAUAAAGAGUGACAAUCCCUGCCCACAGCAAGCUCACAGUCUAGUGGGACAUCUAGAGCUCACUGGGGGCAGGCCGAUCCUACUGUCCAAGAAACAGGUGGACCAAUCAAUCAAUCAAUCAUCAGAAAAAGUCAUUUCCUGCCCUUUUCUCUCCUCCCAUCCAUUCGAUAAGUACUUAUUAAACAUUUAAUCUGUG